UGCUGUAAUAUUUAAGAGUAUUUUGAAUUAUUUUUUAGACAAAGUUAAGGCGGGUACAAGGUCAUCUUGAAUAUUAACUAUGGAUGAUGAGGAAGAUGAAGUAAUAACUUUGGUAGUCACAGAGUAAUUUUACAAGUAAAGAAGNACUACAAAUUCCAGAGGUGAAAUAUGAAUAUUUAGACCACCCAGCAGAUGUUCAGAUCCAUGCUUGGGGAGAUGACUUAACAGAAACAUUUGAACAGGCAGCAGUAGGCAUGUUUGGUUACAUGACUGAAAUUGACAAGGUUGAUAUCCUCAUGACCAAAGACAUUGAAGCAGAAUCUGAAGACAUGCUAGGCUUGCUAUAUGUUUUCUUGGAUGAAUUCCUGUUUGUCUUCAGUGCAGAACCUUUUUUCAUUGCAAGGAAAGUAAAGAUUUUAUCUUUUGACAAAGAAAACUUCAAGAUUAAAGCCAGGGGAUAUGGAGAGAUAUUUGAUAUUGGUAAACAUCCUCAGGGGACUGAAGUAAAAGCAAUUACCUACUCCAACAUGCAAGUUUAUGAUAAUGAAGGGCAGCAUGAACUGUUUGUCAUCAUUGAUAUCUAAGGCUACAAAGCAAGCUGUCAGUUUUUUUAGGAAACUAAAAUUGCCGUAUCUAUUUUUUACAGUUCUGUGUAAUUAUUCAUCAAUAUCAUUAAACUUCAAUGAAAAUAUUUAUCUAACCUUGCCUAUAAACAAUUUUGUGUUAAAUUCCCAUUAAAGAUAUUUUCAAAUUA